AUGGGCAAGCUUGUCGCCCAAUCCUGCAUCAUCUCAUCCGACAGUCCGACCCAUCAUAAGCGUAUGAUUCAUACCCUUUUCACAGUUUUCGUAUCGCCACCACUUCGCCCCUUGCGACGAACUACACAAGCAACGACGGGCGAAUUGGAGGUGAACAACCCACUCUUCAAAGACGAGCAAAGCUCUUCUCCAGCACCUGCUUUGCUCUCCGACCAUCGCGUCGAGGCGAAAAGGCAGAACAGCUCAUCUAAGACGUCCACAAAUGCAAAAGAGCUCUCCUAG